CCCAUUUUCCGGGGUGCCACACCCCCCUCCCACGGGCCGACGUUACCUUUUGUUUCCUUCUUUUGGGUUCCCUCUUCCGCUACCGGAAUCAUAAAAUCUGAUGAAUCUUCUAUUGUCAUACCUCAACUACAAUGGAUCUGACUCGACUGCCACUACACUCGCCGUAGGACUAUAAAACCGAAGGCCUACCUCCUCUCGUUGUUCAGCCAUCCCAUGUCUGCCUCCACUCCUUCACCUCAAUCUUCAUCUCUAAGUGACGACUUUCCACGCACCCCGCAGCCUUCCCGUCCGACUUCGUCCCUAUUAUAUGCUCACGCCUCUCCACAAGCUGUCUUCAGUAGCCCCGAAAUCUGUAGUGAACCCCAGACUUCUUCUGCCGCCCAGAUCAUAGGAUCGGACGUCGCUUUCGAUGAAGAGUCUGAAUGUGACGAUGUUCCAGUGGACCAGUUCCUUCCUACGACGCCCGCGGUGCAGACUAUUGGCCGGACCGGUUUUAGUCGGACAACCAUUUUCCUGAAAGUCGUUUUGAUGCAUCUAUACGCAGCUCGGUGCAUGCUGACUCUCACCCAAAACUGCCUCCAAAUGGCACAUGUUAUUCCUGUUAGUGCUCCAGCUAACUUUCUCUGGUUUUUGGAACGUGUAUUUGGCGAUAAACCGGACACCUUAAAUAGACACUCCUCGAGGAAUAUUUGGCUCUUGGAUGCAUCGAUGCACUAUAGCAUCGAUAAAGGUUUGAUCAAACUGGUUCCAGCGAAAAACAUUGUGGAGAAAAUCCUGGACUUUACGAGACUCAUAUAUGAGGUUCGUAUUCGCCGACUUGAGCAUGAACAUAACGUCAAGAUUAUUGAACUCCCGGGUCGUGAUCUUAAAGUAUUCUACCCGGAUGAACACGAUUGGGAUGCAGUUGGCAACGAUGAAAUUCGAAAGGAGAGGAAAUCUUAUUUGGAUUCACUUAUUGAAGCAAAAACAAAAAUCCACAGAACCACAGUUUUCCCCCCUGGCUUGUACCCGUAUCAUGUCAUUGGAAUACGCUGUCACGACCAAUAUACAUUCCCUCGCCAGAUAGUCGAUCUCAAUAGUCCACCACCUUCCAGACCUACAACCGGUGACGACCAGAUACUUUUCGAAAUUCCACUCAAAGUUCCGGAUGAAAUGUUGCAAAAGCCACAGGUCGACACCUUUGGACGAGCAAAGACUUCUCCUCUCCUCCGAGGCAUCAAGGAUAAGAAGGGAGAGUUUGAGAUCAUUGAUCCGCUCGAGUAUGACGAAAGCAGGGUGUUCCUUCUUGGACAGGAUCCCUGCCUUGUCCUAGCUAACAUCGGGGAAUUUCUUCAUGUUAUUCAAAAGCAGCACGAGGAAGAUUUUGAGAUAUCCGAGCUUAUUGCUGAUAAUGUCUAUCGAAAACAUCUACGUCUGACCCUGGACACUUACCUGGAGUGGAAAUCUGAUGACCGGAGGAUUCAGGCCCUCAAACGUACCCUGGAAGAGCGGGCUAAAGCUCAGGCAUUUGGUGAUCGGUCUCGGAACCCUGCACAGUCCACAUCCACACACUCGCACAAUCUGCGCCCAAGAAAGAAGAAAAACAAAGGGAUUGCCAGGGCUGCCAAGGGCUUGAUGGCCAUUGCUUCAACUCGUACCGGGUCUGACUCGCGCUCUACCCUUGAAAUCAAUCCUGGGAUCCAAGGACCCAGCGAAGGCGAACAUUCUUCACCGUCUGUUCGUGCCAGUUCAAUGCGUCAGAAGUCUCGACGUGGGGGAAGUCAACGAGGUGGGCGCAACACUGUUAGGCGUGGAGGAACUUCGAGUCAGGGUGGGCACGCUUGAGGCUGUAGAUGGAGCAGGUCCUAGGUAUUCCAAGC